AUGGGCUCCGACGGCGGAGGAAGAAAGGCCGGUCUGCGGCAGAAAGCGAAGAGACAGUCCGCGACGGACGCGAGUGUCUCUUCUCUGCGUGAGGGCGAGGCGGAGACCCGGAAGGACAUCCAGACAGAUCCAGAGAAUGAAGACCGUGCAUUGGCGAGAAAAGCAAAGAAGAACGACCGACAGGAGGCGAACAGCCUACAGCCACAGCCUUCUUCCGCUCCUGCUUCCUUGACUCGAAAGGAGAAGGCAGAAAUCCAGAAAAUGACGCGGUCAAACGGUGGACGGAAAGAAGGAAGCAACGUGUCCAGAAAACCUGGAAAGAGCAGCAAAGCAUCCAGAGGUGAAGACGAGAAGGAAGAGGAAGAAGAAGAGGAAGAGGAAGAAGAAGAGGAAGAAGAAGAGGAAGAGGAAGAAGAGGAGGAAGGAGACGAGAUGACAUCUUCGGCUGCUCGUUCUCGCACAUCCUCAGGUGCCGUGACAAGUGGAGACGCGAGCGAGGGAAAGGAAGCAGAGAGCGAAGCCGUUCCUGCAGAUCCAUAUCUCCUCGCCGAAGCAGAUUACCUUCGUCGAGAGAGACGCUGGGUGAAUCGCCAGCGCGUUCUCGUUCUGGGCAGCCGGGGUGUUACGCAUCUCCAGAGACACUUGAUGGAGGACUUCAAGCGCCUUCUUCCUCAUCACAAGGCUGAGUCCAAAUGGGAGAGGAAGCAGACGAUGAAGGACAUCAGUGAGCUGGCCCAACUGCGAGCGUGUAACAAUGUGCUGUACUUUGAGAGCCGGAAGCGAGACCUUCUUCUCCACGUCUCAAAGAUUCCCCAUGGACCGACCCUGAUCUUUCGCGUCCUCAACAUCCACACCCUAGCGGAGAUGAAGAUGACAGGCAACUGCUUGCUCCACUCGCGCCCGCUCCUUCUGUUUAGCCCCGAGUUUGGCUCAGAGCAUGCGCCGGCCCAGCCCCACCUGGCACUCAUCAAGGAGGUCCUCGUCCAGGUGUUUGGAACUCCGCGAAACCACCCAAAGGCCAAGCCGUUCUUUGACCAUGCUCUCGCCUUCUACAAGUUCGAUGGCAACCGCAUCUGGUUCCGUCAUUAUCAAAUUGCUCCCCUGAUCGGAGGUGAAGGCGGUGACGCAGACAAACCCGAGAGACAAACGUUCGUUGAAAUUGGCCCGCGAUGUGUCUUUGAGAUUGUGAAGAUUCUGGACGGAGCGUUCAGCGGGAAGACGAUUUGGAGCAACAAGAACUACGUCUGUUCAAGAGACCUUGUCGCUCUUCAGCGUAUGGGUCGUGCUCAAACCUACGCCCAGCGCGUCAUGGCCAAGGAGAAACGCACGGAGCGACUGGAUAAAAUGCACAUCGAGGAGAGUCCCCUUGCAAUGGAGCAUGUGUUUGGCGAUUUCGUUAAGGAGAGCGAUGACAGGCGGAGCAAGAAGAAACGGAAAGUCGGAGCUUGA